AUGAACGGCGGUGUCGGCGGACACCAGUGUUUCAAGUGGUCAUCAAAUAAUAAUGUGACCACAAGUGUCCAAAACGGACGGUUAGCUCUACCGGGAGAGUGGCCUUGGAUUGCAAUCAUUGAUAUAUACAAAACAUUUUGGGGUUUCAAAUAUGACAAUAUCGAUAAUACAAUAAGUGUACGACUAGUUCAAGAUUUUAGUCAACAAAGUGAAACAUAUGGUGUGGAUAUGUAUGUAAUUCAUCCAAAUUAUACGUUAUUUAUCAAAACUAGACCCGGUUUACAACACGCAUACGAUAUUGCAUUAUUGAAACUGUCGUCAAUAAUAUCGAUGACUACAACAAUAACAGAGUCAACGGUUGGAAGAUAUCCGACAGUAAAUGCCAUUUGUUUGCCCGACAGAGACAGUGUUAACACCGAUAAAGAGUUGGCAUUGUUUGCCGGUUUCGGUGAUACUGACGAUAAUGUCUUAAAUUUGGGUCCAUUGCGUACGGGUUGGAUACGUAUGAAUGAACCGUCUAAUAACUUAACAGAUCGUUGGACUUAUUUAAUUAGAAACGUUAGAUAUCCUAUAAAUGAUGGAAGUGGUGUAUGUGCGGGUGACUCGGGUGGACCAUUGAUUCAGUAUGAUUUUGAUGAUAGCCCUCAAAAGGGUGUUAGCGGUCGUCGUUAA